AUGGCCACCAUGGAGAGGGGAACCAAAAGAACAGCAGAGCACAUGGAAUCGCAGGCAGCCGACAACAUCAAGACACCGACCGCCGCCAGUCUAGAGCAGGUCGGCGAUGUGCGUCUUCAGUUUGGGGACGACACAGAGAGCUCCAUGCUGGCCAGCUCUCAUCUGCUCCGUGUGGCUUCUCCAGUGUUCAACCGCAUGUUCACAAGUGGCAUGAAGGAACAGCAGCAAAGCGUCAUCAAGGUGGAUGUGGCCAGCAAAGAGGAGUUCGCCACCUUCUAUAACUUACUUGGUCCUUGGGCAUGGAGCACCCAUAAAGUCACGGAGGCGAAUGUUGACUCCCUUCUGACAAUCAGUGACUAUUACCAGGUGGAGAUUAUCAAGCAAACCUGUGAGGAUCUGCUGCUUAGUCUUGCGCCCACUUGCGCUCGCCUCCUGCAAGCUGACAGGCACGGCCUCAAAAGACAGUACCAGAGGUGCGUGGGGCACGUGGCCGAGGAGAGCACCGAGGAGGACUUGGAGGUGCUCCGCCAAUCUUCGGCGGACAUCCUCCUACAGGUGGCCGUCAAACAGCAGGACUUCAUAAAGGCGCUCUUGACGAACCGAAAUGAGGUCAUCCGGUAUGUCAGAGCGCACACAUCCAGAGAAACCUUCUUAGGUGUUGUUGAGACGAUGGUGCAGAUGCAGCUGCCAACGGAUUAG